GUGUGUGUCUGUGUGUGUGUGUGUGUCUGUGUGUGUGUGUGUGUGCCAGCUCCAAUUACAGAGCCAGCAUUCCUCACUAGUUUGUCUCCUCUCCUUGCAUCCUUGUUCCUGAUGAUGCCCCCCAACAGACUGCAGCAGCACGCUUGCUGCAGCAGACUGAGUGCUGCAGAUGUCAAGUGACAUUUCUUAAAGAGAGGCUGUGGCCCUUUUGAAUUCUACUCUCUACCUGACAGUCCUGAAUGUCUGACCAUCAGUUUGUGCCCUGAAGUUCAAAAGCACUCCAGUUAUGCAGCAGCACCAUGAUCAGCAGCAAGUCCACUUCUCAAUGAGUCCAAAAACAGAUGAAGUGUUUGGAGUGGCCGAGUCAAAGUCUGGACUGAAAUCAGACUGAGGUGCGUCAGCGUGACCUUAAAUAUGUGUCUGAAUUCCAACAAUCCUCCAAAUAAGAGUGGACCAAGAUUCCUCCACAGUGAUGUGAAAGACUCACUGAAGGAUCACAAACACGUGACUGCAGUUCCUGCUGCAGAGGGUGCAACAACCAGUGAUUAGGUUUAGGGGGCAGUUACUUUUGCACACAGGGCAGGUUUGGGGAGAGUUUUUCCCUUUAUCAAUGAAACCAUCAUUUAAACAAUACUUUUUGUAUUAUCUUUAUUAUCUUUGUCUAGAAUGGAAACAAGUUUUAUCAUGUAAAACAUGUAUGAAACAGACCUUCUCAGCACUACACACCCACUCUCCUGUUGGCAUAUGUCUGCUGUUUCCUGUUCACCAGUGGAUCAAUGGAUUCAUGUAAAUGUUGAAAUGUGAAUGACGGCCAUGAGAAUAAUCUAAAUGUACAUCCACCACAUGGUCAAAUAUUACUGAACUGGUGAUCCAAACCUCCACAGGAUGCCUUUAAGCAGCCGGGAUCUGUCUGUGGAACAGUUUCAAGGUUCAUUUGUUUGGAUCACCUGGAGAGUUUCCCUCCUGCAGGGUUUUCCUCUCUAUCAGCAGUGCUUCCAUCUGUGCAGCCCGUCCAGUUUUCCCACCAGAGGAGGAGACAUUUCAGGGGUGGUUAAUCAUUUUUGAUCUAUUCGCACUGCAGCACAGACUCUACUCUCACCUUUCCAUGUUUUAGACAUGCUGUGCUGGAUUCCCUGCUUCUUUCUGGGCUUUUUAUUUUGGGGCUCAGCUCAUGGGGUUCCCCAGACAAACGCCCGCCCCGACGUCACAGACCAGGAGCUGUUCUGGGGUUCUGACCAGUAUGACUUUUCUAUAGUGCUUCCUGCUGCUGGGUUGGAGUGUUUCUGGCACUUUGCUCACCGUGGAGAGAGAUUUUACUUGAACUUCAUGGUCCAGUGGGUGAUGGGAGUCGGCCAUGACAGACACCUGUCUGUCACCGUCAACACUCCGAGUGAUCUCUUGCUGUCUACUGUUGAUGAUGCAAAAGGCCAGAUCAACUUUGAGGCUGCAGAAUCAGGUUUCUAUCAGAUGUGCUUCAGCAACUUCCACAACCGUUUUGGCUCGAUGCAGAUUUCCCUCAGCUUUGGUGUUUACUAUGACACCUACCAAGAUCUGUCAAAGAGCGAGGAGGAGGAGAAGAAGAAGGAGGAGAUCAGCAAAGAGCUGAACAACACACUGAGCGUCAUCGAGACUACGACCCACAAAGUGGAGACCUACGUCUUUCACAUGUUCCGGCACUACGGCUUCAGUCGGAUGAGAAAGAGCGUCGACUACUUCCUGCUGCAGUCCAACUCAAAGUACAUCACCUGGUGGUCGAUGGUCCUCAGCCUCCUCAUCGUCACCUCUGGGUACCUGCAGCUACUCUUCCUCAAAAGCCUCUUUGUCAGCAAUACCGGCACAGAGGGCGAGAAGCCUCGAUGCUGAUAGACUCAAACGAAAGCCAAAAGAAAAAAGAAUUAAAAAAAUAAAAAUGUCUGGAUUUGUGUGGAGGAAAGGCAGACACGAACGAA